AGCGCCACUAGCCACGGCAGUUUCUGUCACCGCUUCCGAGUCUGCGCUAGUGCGGUCGGGUCUACCUUCCUCCGAUCGGGUGGCUCUGGACUGUGGUCGCCAAGCCAGCCAUGGCCGCCUUCCCCUCCGUGUCCGCGGCGAGGACGAGGCCGAGACCCAUCCUCCUCCUGGUCCUGGCCGCGUCGGUGGUGCUCGCGCGCGGCGCCCGCGCGCAGCUCUCCGCGGGGUUCUACUCGGCGAGCUGCCCCACCGUGCACGGCGCCGUGCGCCAGGUCAUGUCGCAGGCCGUCCUGAACGACACCCGCACCGGCGCCGCCAUCCUCCGCCUCUUCUUCCACGACUGCUUCGUCAACGGCUGCGACGCCUCGCUGCUGCUCGACGACACGGCCACCACGCCCGGCGAGAAGAGCUCCGGCCCCAACGCCGGCGGCUCCACCUUCGGCUUCGACGUCAUCGACAACAUCAAGACGCAGGUCGAGGCCGCCUGCCCCGGGAUCGUCUCCUGCGCCGACAUCCUCGCCCUCGCCGCGCGCGACAGCGUCAACCUGCUGGGCGGGCCGAGCUGGGCGGUGCCCCUGGGGCGGCGCGACGCGACGGCCCCGGACCCGGACGGGGCGAGGACGCUGCCGGGCCCGGACCUGGACCUCGCCGCGCUCGUCUCCGCCUUCGCCGCCAGGGGGCUCACGUCGCGCGACCUGGCCGCGCUCUCGGGCGCGCACACGGUCGGCAUGGCGCGCUGCGUGCAGUUCCGCACCCACGUCUACUGCGACGCCAACGUGAGCCCGGCCUUCGCGUCGCAGCAGCGGCAGCUCUGCCCGGCCUCCGGCGGCGACGCCAGCCUCGCGCCGCUCGACCCGCUCACCCCCAACGAGUUCGACAACGGAUACUACCGGAACCUCAUGUCCGGCGCCGGGCUGCUGCGCUCCGACCAGGAGCUCUUCAACAACGGGGCCGUGGACUCCCUGGUGCGCCUCUACAGCGCCAACCCCACCGCCUUCUCGGCCGACUUCGCCGCCUCCAUGAUCAACCUCGGCAACGUCAGCCCGCUCACGGGGGCCAGCGGGGAGAUCAGGCUGGAUUGCAGGAAAGUCAAUUCUUGAUUUACAUACAUACAUACACUAGUAGUAUACAUAUUGGAAGGAGUAACAUGUUUUACUAAUUCGUUGAUGAAAUCGACGAAGCAUGACACUGCAUCGGAAUAGAAAUGCGUCAAGCAAUUAGUGAGUUGAUUGAUUCAUUGAUUGAUUUUCUUUCUUUCAUGAUGAUGAUGAAGUUGUAGAGCUUUACUAUUUUAGGAAGAUAUCUGACGUAACCAUUAUCUAUAUGAUCCAAACUACUCUAUAUAUAUAUGAAAUGCACAUUGCAGAUU